CUUUGUGUUUAGAGUCAAGUAAGAGUACAAUGCGGUUUGAAUAUAACAAUGUGGUGGAUUAGGAAACAGAGCGUAAACAAACCAGACGAAGAUAUUGACUUCAGUCGACUGGUGUAUUUAUUAGAGUAAAGAUAAAAUGGAACUUUGUGCUUGGAGUGAGAUAUUUACGGACACAGAUCGGGGCAUUUUAAAGGAUGGGUUGAUAUUUACAGAGACGACGUCUGCUCUAUUUAGUGUGUGCUUGAACCUAUCUAUCCUGCUAACGAAUCUAAAAUACAAUUUGAGCUAUCGAAAUUUGGCGUUCUUCACUAUUAUUACUUGUAUUCGCCGUUUGCCUUUUGCUAAGUUAGCGUAUUCCGAAAGUUCACCAGACAUCAACGACUCCUGUACUUUCAAUGGAUUUUGGAACACUUUUCUGUCUGUAUAUGAAGUGGAAUGUCUCACGCAUGUUUGCAUUGAACGUUAUGUUGUUGCGAAAUAUAUUAAUAACGAAUGGCCCCUUAUAAGAUGGCAUUAUACUAUGUAUCAAGGACUAUGUGUCCUAUUCGCUUUGUUAUACUCAGUUCCACCUCUAUUUGGCAUAGGAAGCUAUGGGUUGGACUUUACAUGUGAUUCUUGUGUAUUUGAUAUGGUUUUACCAAAUUCAUGGCAUAAAUAUCUUGUAGUUUCGAUUUAUUUGCUUCGAAGUUUUAAAUCAGCAUUUUUUAUGAUCGUCAUGCUGUACUGGGCUCGGGAUUUGGAAUUAAUAAAUAGAACCAAAGAAAUGAUAGAGCAAGCACCAUUUACGAAGAGUGUACUUAUAAUAACAAUAGUAAAUUUGAUGUGUUGGUGCCCUAUUGCAAUGAUACGAGGCUUGGUAGUUUUCUCUAGUUUGCUUGGAUCUGAAUUCAUUCCAUCAGCGUGGCUAAUUCAGUGGGCAUUAUGGAUCAAUUCUAUUGCUCCGGCUGCAACUUCACUCUCGCUUUUCAUGAGCGAUGAAGGUAUUCGCCAGACGAUCAAUCACUACAAGAUUGCUCCGAGGGAGAAAAAGAAAAUAUAAUUAAGAUUAUUUAUCAAUUUAAUUUUUUUUAUAGUCGAGAUUUACCCUAUAUGAUCUUUUAUUUUGUUUUAUAUUUGUAUCAUUAAAUAUUUUUUAUAGUGGAAAAUCUCUUUAGCAUUGUGAACAAUUGAUUUAUUUACUAUACAUAUUUACUUUAAGGCUUGUAUUAUCAUUAUUUUAAUGACCUCCUAUAAUUAAUACUUAUAUAAUUUAAAAUAUUAUGGUUUAUUUUGCUUUACUACCUAUUGAUGACACUUCCUAAAUGUACCCUAAGGACCUCUUUUAAUUAGAAAACCAAAAUUAAAUGCCCACGAAAAUUUU